CAGGAGGCGAGUCUCGCCGCCGACCAACACUGCACUGGCUGCCGCGGCGUCCGACGCGUCUGGUUCUUCAGCAGACUGCAAGUUCGGCGAAGUUAUUUUGAGGGAAAAGUUUUUACUUGGCCCGACACCUGCGACCUUCCGUGAUGUUCUGCAGAAACGCUAGUUGGUUCAUCCGCAUUUUUGUGGCGGUGGUCAUAUGUAGUGGCUACAGUCGCCCAGUUUUAGUUACAGCAGCCCUAACAGCCGGACGAGUUCAUGAGGCUGAGGAGGUCACAGCCGUGGAUCUGGGAGCCCUGUUGGACACUGGGGACGGCGCUGUGCUGACUCUGCUGGCCGGGGACAAUACGCAGCUCGUUGCGCACAGGGCUAUUUUGGCCGCCAGGAGUCCUGUGUUUGCGGGGAUGCUCCGUCGUCUCACCUUAGAGGCCAGCAGCAGCAGCCAGCUCGCACUCUCGGACACAGACGGCCCUGUGCUGCGCCAGGUGCUGGCCUACCUCUACACCCUCCAGCCCCCACAGCUACCCAGCAUGGCGCCACAGCUGCUGGUCGCCGCCGACGUAUACGGCCUGUCGGUACUGAAGGCGCACUGCGAGCAACAGGUGGCCGCACAGCUGUCUGUCGGGACUGCAUCAGCCACAGGUGUUCUCGCCAUUAGGCAUUCCGCUAACAUGCUGAAGCAGGCUGCCGUCGCCUUCAUAAAGGCCCACUUGCUCCAUGUGAUAGCGACGCAGGGCUGGGCUGAGGCUGUAGUCAACGAUCCACAAACUGUUGCGGAGUUGGUUCACCUGAUUGCAGAGACAAGGACAGACACCAGCACGCCAGGCGCUGCAGAGAGCAGGACCGGCCCCUCCUCGCAGUCGCUCAGUGGCCACAGAGACGACGGCCGGAGCCCAGCCACAGCUGCGCCCCCCACCACUCCCCAGGCCGCCCCACAGCCUGAUGACGCCGCCGUCUCUCACCUGCGAAAUCUUUCUGGAGACAUGAAGGGAGAGAUGCUGAUUUCGGCCGCUAAGGAGGGGUCAGUGAGCAAGGUGCGAACGUUGCUGGCAGUGGGGGCGGACGUGGAGGCGAAGGACGAGAACCAGCGGACAGCACUGCACUGGGCAGCAGCCAUGGGGCACGAGGAGGUGGCGGCCCAUCUGCUGGAGGUAGGAGCAGGCGUCAACGCCAGGGACCGCUGGCAGAACACGCCUCUCCAUCUGGCUGCAUGGAAAGGCCAUGCGGCUGUGGUGCGGCUGCUGGCAGCUUCCUCUGCCGACCACAACGCCAGGGAUCAAAGUGGGAGCACGCCACUGCACGAUGCGGCACGGCGUGGCCGCGCAGAGGCGGCGGCUGCGCUGCUGGAGGCAGGGGCCGACAGGGAAGACAGGAAUUACGGUGGGGACACGCCGCUGGACCUAGCCGAGCGGAACAACCACCAGCACCUCAUAGACAUCCUAAGAUCAAGCUGAGUGUAGUGCAGACGACUAUGGACUAUAAGAAAUAAAGCUUUCUGUGUAACCUCUGCUACUUUUAAAAUAAACAGUACAGAAAAGGUAA